UAUACCUUGGUAUCGUAUCAGCGGGGGCGUCCCCAAAGGGCUGGCUGUACAUAUCUAAAUGAGAGCAACAUUGGAAGGGAGAAGUCGCUGGUACUUCCAGGAGGGCUACUCUUUGACACCAUGGCACCAAAAAUUACGAAGGCGGAGAGGGAUGCGACGCUCGUGAUGGAGACCAAUAGUGCCAGCACAGUUUCUAAACGCAGCGUCGAGCGCCUCUACUACCCUGAACCUCAUUUUUUCCGCCAUUUUGUGAAGAAGCCCUUGAGACGGUCACCAUUGGUUAAUCGCGGCUACUGGCUGCGCAUGCGUGCUGUGGAGACCUCCGUGCGGAGGUUUCUCGAAGAACCUUCAGAACAUCAGAAGGCGAUAGUGAACCUGGGUUGUGGCUUCGAUCCACUGCCCUUCCAGUUCCUGAGCCGAGACGCUGCUCUAUGCCAAAAUGCGAUAUUUGUUGAUAUUGACCACCACAAAUUGAUGCUUAAAAAACGGGACAUCGUAACCCAAUGCGCUGCAUUAAGGGGCCUUCUUUCGGAUGUACAAUUGACGGCAGAAACCGGCAGUGUUCUAAUGCGAAGCAAAGAGUAUGUUGGUAUUGGGUGCGAUCUCGGGGAUCUUCAAAAGCUAGAGGCCGCAUUAAAGGAUGUGGUAGGCUUAGAUAAAGCCUCGAUCCUUUGCAUAGCCGAAGUGUCAAUAACUUAUAUGGAAGUCAAACUAGCGGACGCCCUCAUUCGGUUCAUGCCGAAGCUAAGUAAGGAUGUAAAUUUCUGUUUGCUGGAGCAGUACUUCCCAGAGGGGCCAGACCAUCCAUUUGCAGCUACAAUGAUGAAAGAUUUUAUAAAACUCCAAUGCCCGUUACAUUCAAUCCAUCAGUAUCCCUCUCUCACGCAGCAGGAACAACGUUUUCGUGACUCCGGUUGGGCAAACGCGAAAGCAACGAAUUUAUGGGAAUUCUGGAACGACCCUGCAUGCCUCAGCGAUGAUGACAGGCUAUCACUCGAUGCAGUAGAGGCAUUUGACGAGUGGGAAGAGUUCGCCCUCUUCGCGUCGCACCAUUUUCUGCUCUUUUCUACCACUCGUAGGACGGAGACCAAAUCUAUUCCCCCACGCGAGGCGGGAGAAUCUCAGACAAAGCCAAAACCUUUGGCACUGACUCGUUUGUGUUCUCCAAAGCAGACCAGCAAACGGCGAUUCGGCGCGGUAGUCCCUACAACCGCUCAUACCUUCGGAUUACACGGUGGCCUAGGUAAACAUACUCGACUGUCCUCGACUGAUGAAUACGCGAUAUCUAAAACUAACACAGCGCCUGGUGAAAUGCCACCACUUGACGUGGAGGCUAGGAUGUGCCACACUAUAACUCAAUUUGAUGGACAAGACUGCCUGCUUGUAGGAGGCAGAGCUGCUCCGAGCAAGGCUAUGGCUGAUUGUUGGCUAAGGUCUUCUGCGCAAUGGCGUCGAACUGAUAGCCUUCCAAUUCCGAUUUAUAGGCACUGUGCAACUACGGUGAAUUUUGGAGCGGACGAUCCUUAUGUACUCAUUUGCGGUGGUAAGACCGGCAACGGUGAUGUUUUGAGUACCUGGCUUCUAUGGAAUGUGUCCAAAGGUUGGCAGGAGGUCAACAUUGCCAAUCAGUCUCCCCCGGCCAGAUUUGGGGCAUCGACUGCAAAUAUCGAUGGACAGUCGGGUGUGUUGUUUGGAGGCAUAUCACGAUAUGGUGUCAUAUUGGAUGAUUUCUGGAUAUGGAAACUGGUGAAAUCCAAUGAUGGGCGGAUACACGUCGAGCUAGAUGAUAUCACGGAGAGCAUGCGUGCUUCAAACCAUCUAUAUAAAUGGCUAGGGCGGUUUGGAGCAUCAAUAACUACAACAUCAAGGGGUUGCUUUAUAAUUGGAGGCAUAACCAGCCACUGCUGUACCCCCCAGGACUAUGAAAUAAUGUUUCUUGAUAUAAAUUCGCUGAACACCCUGGAUCUCAGUCCCAAGACCCCUCUGUUGGCAGCGAGUGGGUCGGGGGUUGAAUGCAACGGACCUAGACCACUCUUUGUUGGCCACUCCUCUUGCAAAGUUGGUGAUGACGAUGUACUUAUUGUUGGCGGCGGCGCUCUUUGUUUCUCGUUUGGGAUCUAUUGGAACGAAUACACUUGGCUAUUGCAAAGAGCAGGACCUAACGCAACCAACCGGUGGAGUCUCUGCGAACCGUCAACUAAUGGAGAGGAAGCUAGCACGCCAGACGAGGUGUCUAAAGCGAUGCAUAGCCAGCCUAAUGGACACGCUUCUGAGUUGGAGAUAAUUCCCCGCAUCAGCAUUUCGACGGCUCGAGAGUUUCAGAUAAUUGUUGAGAAUGCGAAGCCCGUCAUUCUUAGCGGCCUUGAUAUUGGCUCAUGUACGAAAUCUUGGACGAAGGAAUACCUUGAGAAGGCUAUAGGGCGCGAUCGCAAGGUGGUGGUGCACGAAGCAUCGUCUGAAAAUAUGAAUUUCCAGAUUAAGAAUUUCUCAUACGUUACAAAAGAAUUUGGGACAUUCAUAGACGAAAUUUACGAUGGCUCCCGGCAAUACCUCCGCGCAAUCUCUUCCAUAAACCCGUCAGAGCGACCUACAAACCUAGCCCAGGAUUUUCCUGGCCUUCAAGGUGAUUUCCAUCUCCCUCCAGAACUUGUUUUAGUUUCCGAGAAUGCGCACAGCUCUCCUCUGAGGUUAUCCGGGCCAGUUAUUUUAUGGCUCCAUUAUGAUGUCAUGGCAAAUAUUCUCUGCCAAGUACAGGGAGACAAAAGACUUAUUCUAUAUCCACCAUCGGACGCGCUACGUCUAGGUUUUGCACCUGGAGCGUCCAGUUCUUCAAUCAAUCUCUUCCAAAACAUAUCAGAUACUUCCCCUAAGUCUCCACCAGAUACCCAUCCUCAUGAAGCCCGCCUCAAGCCAGGGGAUAUUCUCUUUAUUCCACCGCUUUGGCUCCAUACCGCCAAUCCAACCAAUGGAGUGAGUGUAGCUGUCAAUGUAUUUUUCCGGAACAUUAACAAAGGAUACGCGGCGGGUCGAGACGUGUACGGAAAUAGAGAUCUCCAGGCGUAUGAGAGGGGCCGGGUGGAGGUGGACAAAAUCGCACGGUCGUUCGAUGGUCUUCCUCGUGAUAUGGCUAGGUUCUAUAUUGAGCGGCUUGCUGAUGAACUCAGACGUAAGGCACAUUCAUGAUCUGCGUGUUCAGGAUGGAAGACAUCUCGCACUCAAGUCGCAGAUAGCCCAUACGUGUACAUUUUGGCAAACAAGCCACGGAGACAUUCAACUGAGUCAGAAUCCUCGUCUGCAGCAAGGACCCUAGUGCCCAUGAUCUUUGCUACUACAGGCUCCGCGCCUUUCUAUCUAACCAGACGGUCAAUAAAUAAAACCUAAUUAAUUUAGCAACCUAAUACACAUCGUCGACAUAGCCAGAGUGUCGUCUUCAGAUGUGACACGAUUAUCCUGGGAGGGAGUUACUAACGGCUGGGUUGUUUGGUACGGAUAUUCAUUGGAAGAGAAACGGCAUAAAACAAUCCAUCAGUCCCUCUUCACCCUUUUUCACUGCUUUGACAAUAUGAUCCAGAGGUAUAACUAAACAUAACCCCAUGCUAAGCCUAGCCCACCUCCCACGUCUAAACUUUCAGUUGAUUAUGAUUUGUGAUUCUUGUGGUUCAAAUGGGCAUGAUUUGGGCUGGAGAUCCCAUCUGCGGAGCACAGGAAUCACUGUGGUGGUUGACUAGGGAAAUCAGAGAGGGAGUCAAGGAGAUUCUCGCAUACCCCUUUGCUGCAUGAAAAGGAGAUAGCUAUUGAUGAUAUCUAUGAUGUACUAUAUAUUUAUAAAUAUAGAGAUGGAGUUUUACAGAUUUAAUAACUCGCAAACAGACAGCGUCUAUUCCCAAUUUCACAUGUGUGUCAAACACAUGGGUCAAUCUCUACGAAGUACUGUACAAAACACUGACUCAAUGAAAGAAUUUAGUGUUGGGGUAAUCUAGAGAUGAUAUAAAAACAUUGGGAAUACUUGAGGAUUACUACAGCAGCCUAUAACAACAUUUGAGCCGAAAGAGAUUUGC